GAGGGGCGGGGGCGGGCUCCGGGGAAGGAGGAAGACGAAGGAGAAGAUGGCGGCGCCUGGCCUGGCCUGAGGCCUGGUCUGUGUCUGUGAGGCGGGAAGGAAGGCGGCGGAUGGCGCAGAGAAGGAAGAGACCGACAGAGAGAGAGGACGUGAGAGUUCUCUGGAGCCACCCCUGCCGUGAUGGGAAACGAACCAGCUUCUAGUCGAUAUUAAGGCAUUUGGAAACCAAAGUGCAGUAAGGAAACCAGGCCUCUAGGAAAAAGGAUUCCUCUCAAGGGGCUGAUCUUGCUGAAUUCCUACAUUCACUUUGGAUUCUAGAGUAGAACCAUAGAGUCGGAAGAGACUGUAUGAGGCACCCAGUCCAGGCCUCUGCCGUGCAGGAAAAGCCAAAGUACCCCAGACAGAUGAGCAUCUGGCCUCUGUUUAAAGGAUUCCAAAGGAGCCUCCACUACACUUUGAGGCAGAGAGUUCCACUGCUGAACAGCUCAGGAAGUUCUUAAUGUUCAGAUGGAAUCUACUUUCCUGUAAUUUGAACCCACUGCUGUGAGUAAUCAGAAAGGGAAAAACAAGAAUCAAGUGUCCUUAUUGGAAUUAAAUGUACAUAACAUUGUUGACAUGGAGGAGAAAGUAUAUAAAUGUAUUGAAUGUGGAAAGAGCUUUAGUCAGCAUGGAAACCUGAAGACACAUCAAAGGAUUCACACUGGGGAGAAACCCUAUAACUGCCUGGAGUGUGGACAGAGCUUCACUCAGAAGGGAAGCUUACAUAGACAUCAAAGGACUCACACUGGAGAGAAGCCCUAUAAAUGCCUGGAGUGUGGACAGAGCUUCACUCAGAAGGGAAGCUUACAUAGACAUCAAAGGACUCACACUGGAGAGAAGCCCUAUAAAUGCCUGGAUUGUGGACAGAGCUUCACUGAGAAUGGACACUUACAAAGACAUCAAAGGACUCACACUGGGGAGAAACCCUAUAACUGCCUGGAGUGUGGACAGAGCUUCACUCAGAAGGGAAGCUUACAUAGACAUCAAAGGACUCACACUGGAGAGAAGCCCUAUAAAUGCCUGGAGUGUGGACAGAGCUUCUCUCAUAAUUCACAUCUACAUAGACAUCAAAGGACCCACACUGGGGAGAAACCCUAUAACUGCCUGGAGUGUGGACAGAGCUUCACUCAGAAGGGAACCUUACAUUCACAUCAAAGGACUCACACUGGGGAGAAACCCUAUAAAUGCCUGGAGUGUGGACAGAGCUUUGCUCGUAGUUCAGGACUACGUUCACAUCAAAGGACCCACACUGGGGAGAAACCCUAUAAAUGCCUGGAGUGUGGACAGAGCUUUGCUCAUAGUUCAGGCCUACGUUCCCAUCAAAGGACUCACACUGGGGAGAAAACCUAUAACUGCCUGGAGUGUGGACAGAGCUUCACUCAGAAGGGAAGCUUGCAUAAACAUCAAAGGAAUCACACUGGGGAGAAACCCUAUAACUGCCUGGAGUGUGGACAGAGCUUCACUCAUAAUUCACAUCUACAUAGACAUCAAAGGACCCACACUGGGGAGAAACCCUAUAACUGCCUGGAGUGUGGACAGAGCUUCACUGAGAAGGGAACCUUACAUUCACAUCAAAGGACUCACACUGGGGAGAAACCCUAUAAAUGCCUGGAGUGUGGACAGAGCUUCACUCAGAGUUCAGGACUACGUUCACAUCAAAGGACCCACACUGGAGAGAAACCCUAUAAAUGCCUGGAGUGUGGACAGAGCUUCACUCAGAAGGGAAGCUUACAUAGACAUCAAAGGACCCACACUGGGGAGAAACCCCAUAACUGCCUGGAGUGUGGACAGAGCUUCUCUCAUAAUUCACAUCUACAUAGACAUCAAAGGACCCACACUGGAGAGAAACCCUAUAAAUGCCUGGAGUGUGGACAGAGCUUCUCUCGUAAUUCACAUCUACAUAGACAUCAAAGGACCCACACUGGAGAGAAACCCUAUAAAUGCCUGGAGUGUGGACAGAGCUUCACUGAGAAGGGAAGCUUACAUAAACAUCAAAGGACUCACACUGGGGAGAAACCCUAUAACUGCCUGGAGUGUGGACAGAGCUUCACUCAGAGUUCAGGACUACGUUCACAUCAAAGGACUCACACUGGGGAGAAACCCUAUAAAUGCCUGGAGUGUGGACAGAGCUUCACUCAGAGUUCAGGACUACGUUCACAUCAAAGGACUCACACUGGGGAGAAACCCUAUAAAUGCCUGGAGUGUGGACAGAGCUUCACUCAUAGUUCAGGCCUACGUUCACAUCAAUGGACUCACACUGGGGAGAAGCCCUAAAAAUGCCUGGAGUGUGGACAGAGCUUUGCUCAUAGUUCAGAACUACGUUGACAUCAAAGGACCCACACUGGGGAGAAACCCUAUAACUGCCUGGAGUGUGGACAGAGCUUUGCUCGAAGUUCAGGACUACGUUCCCAUCAAAGGACUCACGCUGGGCAGAAACCAUAGAAAUGCAUGGAGUGUGGACAGAGCUUUUCAUGGAAUAGACAUCAAUUUGAGUUUAGCAUAUUCUAAUAAUUGUAUAUUUAUUUCCUUUCUUAGUUUAAUAAAAUUAUUAGUAUCUAAAUCUUCUAAUUCUCUAUAACAUUUAUUCCCAGAUCCUUAAUUGUCUUUAAUUUUAAUUAUCCCCUCCUGUUUUAUUUUUUAAAUCUCUUCUUAGUGAUAAUUAAAUAACUACACUUCUGACUUGUUCCAGUUAAUUUGCAAAACUUUUAAUUUUCCCAAAUUCUUCUAGGUAAUUUUCAUUUUUUCCCCAUUGUUGUAUUGGGUUUUCCACUGAUAAAUGGGUAUCUUCUGCAAAUAAAUUAAUUUUAUUUGUUUUAAUACUCUUAGUUCCAUAACUAAUGUAUCUGUUUCCUGGAUCUUUAUUUUCCAAUAUUUCUCAAUAUAUUCCUCUAUUUUACUUUUGGAGUUUUCUUUUGCCAAGUAUAGUUCUUGAUAUGAUCUUGGAAAAGUUAAUAUUUUGUCUUCCAUCCUUGUAUGAUUCUUACCUUCCUUGUCUUUAAUGGAUGUUAUUAAUUUUUUCCUUUCUAAUGUGUGCUGCCUUGGCUAAUAAUUUGGAGUUUCUAUUACUGUAUUCAAAGUAUUCUUGUUGUGAAUGCGCCUUCAGAGACUGUGAAUGAUAGUGGUGGGAUCAGGAGAGGAAGGAAAAGCCCUCGCGAGGAGGGCUCAUUGGAGGAUUUGUUUAGGAAAAGGGUCAGGGAGACUGAUGGGGAGUCUUCUGAGCAGGAUUUAUGUGGGGAUCCUGAGGUGGAAAUGGAUGCUGGGGUGUCAUGGGGCCAAUUCCCAGAGCUGAGUCUGCAAGCUCUGGAAAUUGGAGCCAUAACAAAGCGCGCUCCUGGAACACCUGGCAGCACAGCCUGGGAACUGGUGGAGUGAAAAUGUAAACAAGUAUAAUGAGUAGUUUGUGUGAAAAUGGUAGAAAUGUGAUACAGGGGGUGGGGUUUUGGUGAUGAUAUUUACGUGUGAUGUUACCUAGUAGCAAAGGUAAUAAAAGUGGUUGUAUGUAAACAUUAUGUCAUUCUCGACUUUUUCCAAGUCGUGUGUUCUUCAAUAAAGAUUGGUUUUGAGA